AUGAACCAAUACAAGCCAAUAUUUUUGGGAACGGCUGAUCCGAAUACGGAGCUCAGUAAGCUAACCCGGGCGUGUAACACCCAGAAGUGUAUUCGUGCUGGUAGCAAGCAUAUUGAUCUCGACGAUGUAGGUAAAGAUACUUACCAUCACACCUUCUUUGAGAUUCUGGGUAACUGGUCAUUUGGUGAUUAUUUUAAGAAAGAAUCAACUGAGUGGGCUUGGGAGCUCUUGACUAAGGUAAUUAAAACAACUGGGGUCUUCCCACACAUGUUGGAAAGGGCGUUUAUCUUUGUUUACGUCUUAUGGGUUUUAGUAAAGUACAUGGACUACCAACUGAUCGAAUGCUACCUAUUCGGCGGUGAUGAGAAAGCUGGCCUUCAACCUGAUAAUGAGGCUGAAGAUAUAUGGCUGUAG